CCUUCAAGUGUCUGUGUUUAUCUGAGCUGCUGAGGUGGAGACAGACGCCGUGAGUCCUUUGGGUUUAUGGAGCUUGAUGUAGCGUUUGAGGGGAUCAGCGUGUUCGUCAGCUCUCAUCUGAUUGUCAUUGUGUCACAACAGAGCUCGUGUCAGCGGAGAUGUUGGCAGGUGCGUUAGUGCUGGGCACCAUCCUCACAGCUUUCCCAGUUAGGAGAUGGUAAUUCCAGGGAAAGUGGAGAAAAUAAGUUGGAUGCUGAUUUUAUUUUAACUUGGUACUCAGAGCAGGUGGAGCGUGUCGUUUUUCUAGAAGGGUGAUCUGCGUGUGGGCAGGAACUACAGUGACUCUGCCCUGCCGGUAUGACUACCCAUCAGGUCAUACUGUGAGCCGGGUUAUGUGGUUCCGUGUGUCUGCCGAGGGUCGCAGGGAGUUUGCCCACCACACCGACCCCAACCAGAUCAGCAUGUCUUACCGUGGACGCACACGCUACAUCGGGGGAAGCUAUUCCAGCUGCUCGGUCCAGAUUCGGGGUGUGAAGCUGAGCGAUGCGGGCCAGUAUCACUUCAGGUUUGAGACAGACCAACCGCUGGGGAGAUGGACGUCCCCGGACACCAUUACUCUGGACGUAACAGACCUCCAGGUCCAGGUGCAUCCAGCCAGGCCUGGCAACAUGUUUGGAUUUGGAGAAACAGUCUUUGUAGGAUGCCGGGCCAGAGGAUGUGCUGCCCCAGGGAAGAGCUUGGCACUGUACAGGAACGGACUAAACCUGGGCUCGUUUGAGGAGUGGAUGACUAUUAACCGUUUUGACAGCAGCAGGCAGGGCAUACACUGCCGACCCAAUCCCGCCGCAGAACACAGUCCUCGCUCCACUUCCAUUGCAGCAUUUCCUGCGGGGGAGUUGUCAGAGGGGGGUUCAGUCACUCUGACCUGCAGCAGUGAUGCAGCCCCACCGGUCGAGAGCUUUGCAUGGUUUAAAGACAUGGAGAGCGGCAGCAUCCCAGACAGCUUCAGCCCUCAGCUCCACCUGUCCUACCUAAAAUACACGGACAGAGGAGAGUAUUACUGUGUGGCUCGCAACUCGCUGGGAACAGAUCGCUCCGGAUCUCUUUUUCUCAAUGUCACCUACUCACCAAAGAACACACAUGUGUGGGUGAGUCCUCGUAGAGACAUCAGAGAGGGCUCCUUUGUACACCUGAGCUGUCUCAGCCAUUCCUACCCCCCUCCCAGCAGGUAUGCCUGGUAUCGAGUUGUCGGGGAGCAGCUUGUGGCUAAAGGUAACUUUCAGAACCUGACCUUCCCGUCUGUGGGCGCUCAGCAUGCGGGUCAGUACUACUGCAUCGCCUCAAACCCACUGGGAUCCCAGGCCUCUCUUGUUUCUUCGCUGACGGUCCUCUACCCCCCGAAGAACACCUCCAUUGUGGCUCGUCCGUCCAGCGUGGUGGACGCGGGCCGGCCCCUCACCCUGACCUGCAGCAGUCAGGCCUACCCAGCGGUGGACAACUUCACCUGGCACAGACUGGCUCUGGACGGGGCCACAGCAGCAUGGGCCACCAAGUCUGGUCCUGUGUUCGCCUUCUCAGAGGUCGGUCCAGGUGAGACUGGUCAGUACUACUGUGAAGCCAGGAAUCCAAUCGGAGCCCACAGCUCUCCAGUCCUGACCGUUAGAGUCAGAGGUCGCUUAAAAGUGAUCGCCUUGGCUUCAGCGGUGGGCGUGUCUGCUGGUCUCAUCACGCUGACGGUGGCCGUCAUGAUCAGCAAGAACAUGCACAGAGUAGACGCAGAGCCUGUGGAGAAUGUAAACAAGGUAGAGCCGUCUUUGUCAUUGUUUUGA